AUGAUAGACUGCGAUGAUUUAGACCCUCACCCAUUUGCAUAUCGAACUUUUUUAAUGUUUUUGUCUGCGAUAACUCCACUAAUAAACGUAUAUGCUGUAUUCUGCAUUGUGAAAAAAUCUACAAAGCAAAUGGCUUUAUAUAAAUGGUGGCUGCUCAUUUACCAAUUAGCUUCGUCGGCUUUUGAUUUUGUGUAUACAACGCUUCUCAUGCCUGUCAUGCUCUUUCCUACCAUGAUGGCCUACGCCGACUCGUAUAUAGCAAGGUGGAUAUCGCUGUCUACGGUGACCGGUAUUCGUAUAUUCGCAUUCUCUCUUGUACCAUUAGUAUCCACCAUUAUAAGCUUGUUUAUAUACCGGUGCUAUGUGGUGAUCCCUCAGAACCAUGUUCUGAAAAUAUGUUUAAAAGGUGAAUUUUUAUGUAGAAAAAAAUCAUUUUCCUUUUGCAAAAAAGGGCUGUAUUAUUCUUUUUUUACUGUUCACUUAAUCUAA